AUGCGUAAGCGCGCGGCGAUCGCGGGCGACGGGAGCGACGACGACGUCGUGAUGCGGGCGCCGAGGACGUCGAUACCGUCCGUGAAGGUGCGUGAUGGAGAUGGGGCGGGUGGGGAGGAUUCGGACGAGGAGACGUACGAAGAGGAGAGCGGGAGCGGGGAGGAUGAAGAUUUCGAACCCGGACCGAGGCGGAGACGACGCGGACGCGGGCCGGCGACCUCGGGCGAGGACGGAGGGCGCGGUGUGGGCGUCGAUGGGGACGUCGAAGCGAUACCGGCGAGUGAUUUCUCGUUGGAUGACGAUCGAGCGCGGUUCAAGGCGGGGACGCUGAAGCACGAGGUGUUCAAAAUGUUGGAGGCGGCGUGGCCGAAGAUGAUGGACGCGAACGAGCUGUACGAGAUGGGGAGCGCGGCCGGAGUGAACGUGGGGAAGAACAAAACGGUUCUAGCGAGUGGUUUGUCGCACGAUAAGUGCUUCGUCCGAGUGCCGGGAACGAAGAACAAAUGGGCGCUUCGAGCGCACGUGGGCUAUCCAGCCGGUAAGAAUGGCGGCGACGAAAAGUCGGGACCGCGAGAGAAGAGAUCGAGGCCGUCCAAACCUCGUAGUGGAUUGGCCGCCUUGCUCGACUCGAUGGACUCCGAUCAGAAGGCGUCCAUUUUGGCGUGGAGCGACAAACUCAAGCAAAACGCGAGCGAUUUGAAGAAGGCCAAGGGCUCGGGCGAGAAGGCGAAAAACGCGCUCGAGAAGGCCACCAAGGCGCUCGAGGAAUUCGAAGCGAGUCCACCCUCGGAGAUCUCGGCGGCUCACUUGAGCGCCAAAUCGGCCGAUGACAUCUUGUGCGAGCCCGAAGCCCCGAGCGAUCGCCUCCGUGCUGAGUUUAGCGAAUACACCGGACCAAACGACCGCAAGUUUUUUGUAGCGUGGAAAAAAUCCGUGGAGGAGGAGAAGGCUCGCAUCAAAUCAGCGCAGGAUUCGUACGUGGCGAUGCGUAAGAAGGAGAUCCGUGAAGCAUCGACAAAGAUGAACAAAAAGCGCGAGCAGCUCGUGAGCGCUGUCACCAGGGCGCAGACACAGCUGAACUUGGCUCAGGGUACGAUUGAGCGAGCCGAGUUCAUCACGGAAAUCACCCGAGAACGUAUCGAACUUCUCAAGGAGAAGGCCGCCGCGGAGGAUGAAGACACCAAGAAUGCGGUCAACGAGAAAAUUGCGGCGCUCGAUACAAAGGUCACGGAACUCUACGGCCAAAAGAUGGCAGCUCUUGAAAACCAAAUUGAGCGGGAGAAGCUCAAGCUGAUGGCAAAGGGCGACCGCGACGCCGAGCGAGCUCGCUUGACGGAAGAGAAGAGUCGUUUGAAAGAAGAAGAAAAGGCGGAACGCGCGAAGCAGCGUGAGAUAGAGAAGGCUGAGAAGGAGAAGGCGAAGGCUGAGGAGAAGGCGGCCAAGGAAAGGGCAGCGCGCUAUCCACUCGACGACGACAUUUUAGCCAUCGAGCUCGCUGAAGAAGCGAAGGAGGCGGGUGUACCGCUCGAAACUCUUCUGCGUCCGAUUCCGAAAGCGAUGCCGUUGCCAAAUGGUCAAGUCAUCGCGGAGGAAGCGUUCGUCGCCGAAUUCAUUAGCGUCUUCGGAGCCGGUCUUCAGGCACCGGAGGGAUUGACGAACGUUGAAGCUAUCAACGCCGUGCUCGAAAACAACCAAAAAUCGAGAUCUACGCUCGCAGAGCUUUACAUGAGCAUUCUCUACGAAGCUUUAUCACCCGCAGCAAGUGGACCUGGACGUUUCAUCGCUCGUUUGAAUCGCAUCGUCAACAAUUUCAAUUGGCCAGAGGUGACUCGUAUGCUCAUCCUGCAUGGUGGUGAGAGCGCACACGGGAAACCCGCCGUCGAGGUCGCGCAGAAAUUAGCUAAUACAACGUGGGAUAACCUCUCGAACGCGGAUCAUCUCGUUUUAUUGCGUGCGUUGGCGGAUUUAGCCCUCGAGGGUGAUAUUUGCCGGGACAUAAUUACGUCUCGCAUGCAACAGGCUGACAUCUUCAGAAGCGAGCGCCAUGAGGCAAGGCUCAAGGCGGUCGCCAACAGGCGUAUCGUCGAAAAGGCCGAGAAGGAAGAGCGACGCCGGGAGCGUGAACGUCUUGCGGAGGAAAAGCGCGCGGCAAAGGCCGCCGCAGAAGCUGCCAAGGCGGUGAGUGGAGAACAAGCGGACACCGUGAUGGAAGAUGUCUCUGAACCGAAGUCUGAGCAUAUUUUUGGACAGACAACGACUGGAGAGACCGAUGAAGAGAGGUUACAACGAGAAACGAUGGAAGAAGAGGCCAGAAGAAGACUCGAGAUCGAUGAGAAGCGCAGCAGAGAUCGUGAACAAAAGCGCGCAGCGGAGGAUGCGGCGUGCCAAGUUCGCGCAAGACCGCUCGGUAUGGAUCGUCAUCUCACGACUUACUGGUGGAACUUUGGAGGCCGUAAAGAUGGGAUCUACGUGCAGUCUUUCGAUGGUAAUUGGGGCAUAUACAACUCGCAAGCGGCGGUUGAUGCUUUGGUUAACGCGCUCAACACGAAGGGCACUCGCGAAAAUGCCCUCAAGAAGCAACUCGAAAAGCGCAAGAUUACCAUCGCCGAUUGCUUCAAGGCUAUGAACGAGAGCCAGGAAGAACGUGAUGCUAGAUUUGCCGCUUCGCUUGAGGGCGGUGAACGGCGCUCGGUCAGAUCGCGUUUCGCACCGUCGAGUGACGCGUACGUCGCGACGCGCCCUGCCGCGUACCUGUCGUGCGAUGAAGGAUCCGUUCUCACCGCGGCGAGAAAGUGCAUGGACACCAUGUGCAUUAAUGCUGAGCGCAUCGGUCUUGAAACGGACGUUGACUGGAGAACAUUCCGAAACAAGCUAAAGAACGCUCCUGAAUCUUUCAUUGCUGAGCAAUUGCUCCUACUCGAAGAGAAGUACUUUGAGUGCCAAGUGAAAGAGUUUAGAAUCGCUGCGGAGCGUGAGAAGAUCGAAAGGGAGAAGCAGCCGCAAGCGCCGGAUGAACUUUCAAAGGCAACGCUUGAGGCACUCGUGUUGAAACACACUGGCAAGGAUAUGAGCUCUUGGAAGCUCGCACGCCGCAAGCUCGCUGCUCUCUUGCCACCCGAGGUUGUUUCUGAAGCCGUCGAGGAACGACGCCGCCAACAAGUCGACAGCGACGACGAGGACGAUGAAGAAGAUGAAGAUGGCGAAGUUGACGAAAGCUGGAACAACGACGAAAACGUUCCUGAAGACACCGGCGACAUCACCAUCUGGAAGGGGACGCUCCAGCGUCCAAACUUCAUCGAGUACCUGAAUCCGGAGAAACGAUUCCCGGUCGUACGAAUCGCGUACGCCGCGGCGACGCUUCUUGAUGCGACGUGCGCUUUUUCAGAAGAAAUCGCGCACCGGCGUGAACUACGCGCCAAAGAGACGAAGUAG